GUUGCUGCUGCUGCUGCUGCUGCAGGAGGAGCAGGAUGCUUAUUACUAUGUCUGUCAAACGCAGGGACAACUGAUGACAUAAAAAAACGGCUAUUUCCAUGCAAGAUUUACGAGGACGAUGAGCACCAUGUCCGCUGCAGCUGUUGCGGUAUGGCUGGCUUCAGUGGUCACUAUCUUGUCGAGGGCUCAUGCAGACCGAAACGUCUACCCAUCCGCAGGGGUCCUGUUUGUCCAUGUCCUGGAGAGAGAAUACUUCAAAGGAGAAUUUCCUCCCUACCCCAAAUCAGGUGAUGCCAGCAAUGACCCCAUCACUUUCAACACCAACCUGAUGGGUUACCCAGACAGGCCAGGCUGGUUGCGUUACAUCCAGAGGACCCCGCACAGCGACGGCGUGCUCUACGGCUCCCCAACUGGAGAGCAUGUUGGCAAGCCCACUAUCAUAGAGAUUACUGCCUACAACAGACGCACUUUCGAGACGGCGCGGCACAACUUGGUCAUAAACAUCAUGGCCACAGAAGAGUUCCCUCUGCCGUACCAGGCGGAAUUUUACAUCAAAAACAUGAACGUGGAGGAGAUGCUGGCCAGCGAGGUGCUGGGGGAUUUCCUCGGAGCGGUGAAGAAUGUGUGGCAGCCCGAGCGCCUCAACGCCAUCAACAUCACCUCGGCACUGGACCGCGGUGGCCGUGUGCCCCUGCCCAUCAAUAACCUCAAAGAAGGAGUGUAUGUGAUGGUUGGCGCCGACGUUCCCUUCUCCUCGUGCCUGCGGGAGGUGGAGAACCCGCACAACCAGCUGCGCUGCAGUCAGGAGAUGGAGCCUGUCAUCAGCUGUGACAAGAAGUUCAGAGCUCAGUUUCACAUCGACUGGUGUAAGAUCUCUCUGGUUGACAUCAACAAAGUCGUCCCAGUAUACAUUGCCCGUCCUGACCCGGGAACAGGAAUCCUGCCUGAAUUUGGGGAAUACAACCCUCCGUCUGAGUCUCUGAAGAGCCGGAACUUCUUUACCGACUUCCUGGUCACGCUGGCUGUUCCGGCUGCCGUGGCACUCGUCCUCUUCUUCAUCCUCGGCUACACUAUGUGCUGCCGACGGGAAGGGGUGGAAAAAAGAAACAUGCAAACAUCAGACAUCCAGCUGGUUCACCACAGCUCCAUCCAGAAGUCCACCAAGGAGCUGCGGAGCAUGUCCAAGAACCGCGAGAUCUCCUGGCCCCUCUCCACCCUGCCCGUCUUCAACCCAGUCAGUGGCGAGGUGGUGCCGCCCAUCCACCCCGACAACUACGAGACCACCAGCAUGCCCCUCAUGCAGACACAGACGAACCUACAAAAUCAGAUUACAAUACCACAGCAGCGGCCAUCGGGAGAUAAUUAUGUCAUGUCAACAUUUCGGAGGCUGGAGGUAAAUGGUAUUCCUGAGGAAAGAAAGGUGGCUGAAGCCCUUAAUUUGUGACCAGAAAACACCGGUGUCAAAGCCAACUUCUGUUUUUUUUUUUUUAUGUGUAGAUAUUUGUUUUUCUAACAUUUGUGCCAACCUGCAUGCCUCAAAAGUUUCUUUACAAAGGGUCCCCCCCCCCCAACAUGCACUUACACCUCGAUGAGUGAGCUUAGCCCAUUAUAAAGUCAAAUAUUUUGGAAUAUAUAUGUAAAUGUUAAAACAAUUGUUUGUAUUUCUACUUGCUUUGCACAGUGGGAGGAAAAAAAAAAGGGGGUCUUACAUAGAAAGUCAUUAAUCGUCAUGUAAUAUGUUAUAUAUGUAACAUGAUGACAAUAAAAUAUUCCCAAACUGUUUUUACUGUGUUAAUAAACAAGACGGCAGUAUUGUGUGGAUGACAUGGAAACCAGAACAGCACAUAAGCGAUAUGAAGGUCCAAUUCACAACAGAAUAAAGGCAUUUAUAAAUAA